CCCCCCCCACGGCACUCACAAACUCUCAGCACAACGAGCAGACUGGGAUAAGCAUCGGAAAGAGAAAGCAAACAAGACAAACAUGAACUUCAUCAAAAAGGUUACCGGAGCCGGGGGCGACGCAGAGGCCGCCCCCACCCCCGCCCCAGCCCCAACCGACGCCCCCACCCCGUCCCCGGCCCCCGCCGAAACCCCCGAACAAACACCUGCCCCCGCUGCCGGCAUCGGCAUGCUCGCCGGCGUCAUCCAGAGCGUUGUGGGCGGGGGCAGCAGCUCUUCGUCCAGCGGCACCGCCGCGGGGGGGGAGGCGCCGCCGGCGCCGCCGGCGGAGGCUGAAACCCCUGGAAUAAUCGGCAACCUGACUUCCACGAUCACCAACGCCGCACACAGCGUGACUGACGCGGCCACCGGGAUCGUUGGCGGCGGCAAGAAGGGCGGCGCGGAUGCUGCGGCGGUCGAAGUGCCGGCGGUGCCGGCGGUAGAGACACCAGAGGAGGGGAAGGAAGGGGGUGGGAUCGGCGGCUUUCUCUCCAACGUGACGCACACCGUGACGGAUGGCGUCAAGGGAGCGAUGGGCGCCGUCAGGGACGAGAUCCAGGCGGACAUCAAGCCCUCUCUCAAGGACGAUCCUGCCCCAGCCGAUGCCGCCGCUGAUGCGGCGCCCGCGAAGUAGAGAUGUCACCCGCUCGCCCAUUUUCAUUGCGUAAGGUCUAAUGUUUUAUCUUGUACAACAAGGCGGAGGAUAGACGGCUGGUGAUACAUGACGACUGUUUCGCGUGGAUGGAUCGAUUCGGAUAGAAUGUUGUCGUACGUCCAGCUAUGGGUCUAUUUGGUUGAGCAACAGCAGUAUCAAAGGACUACAACUACAGUAGUAUCAAGGGAUUCGAAAGCACAUUCCCCUUUUUCCGGGCUUAUGUAGUGAUGGCCUCGAGGCGGAACUCGGACGAAGUUUCAUGGUAAUCCCUUUGCUAAUCCCUUGGUGCUAUUGCGGAAGAGCUCAGAAUAUUUACCGUGAGACCGAAUGGCGACGGUAGAAGGCCCUAUUUUCGUUGUUUCCUUGUACAGGUAUAUUCUCAGAUAGACACAGGGCCACCGUCUGCCUAGGUUCGUGAAGAAGGUAAAACAACAUUGGGCCCCACCGGUAGAAUUACCGUCUGGCGUAGUACACUCCGAGGAAGUCCGAUACUCAGCUAUUGGGGCUUGCUGUACAUAUUGUCUUCAUCGGGCGUGUGGAUGAUGGUUUCUUCCACGUAUUGGUGCGGUUGUGUUCACCGUUGAGUUAUACCAUAGUUUUACCAGCUCGCUCUUCUCCCACGUUGUUGUCGAUACGGGUUGGGGUUUUCACAUGUGGGGGUGGUUCGUGUCCCCCGUAAUCAUUUUCGGUGGCUCGGCGCCUGGUUGUAAUUUUCCAAGUAGAAUCGUGUUUACCGUUUGUAUGCGAAGAGGUUUCAAGAGUUUGGCAAAUGAGUUUGGCGAAUG